GUUUCCGGAGGUGGAGUUUCACAAGAUGUAAUACAGGUUGAGCAUGACUCGGACCCACCGUUUGUGACUGACGGAAGAGGUCGGGUUGUAUGGAGCAGCACGAGGUCUGCGCGAGGCGCCCUUCCUGCAACGGAAACUCGAGAAGCUCAGAGUCCGCCGCAACGUAUACGAACCUGUCCACCUCCCAAAGCCAGGAGGAUGGGCCGGGAAGUGGCGUCAGAGUCUAGUGGGUUUGUGACUGAUGGAUGCGGCCGUGUUAUAUGGACUGGACCUACAGCGCCUGUUCAGCCCGAGGAAGCUGGUGAGAAGGCAAGUGAAGUAGGUGAGGAUGUUGAAGCUGAAUCAGGGUAG